UACCGGUACAUAUCAAUCUCUAUUCCUCCUCAAUUCCGGUCCUCACUCGAGACCUUUAAAACCUUCAUCGGUCUAUAUCUCCACUCUUACAAUUCACAAUGGCUCCUAUCACAGAAGAGGUUGUCCAGGGCCUGAAGGACACCAUCGGAAAGCUCGAAAACCGUGUUGAGGAAUUGGAAGGUCGCCUCACCAAUGGAUCGAGUUCCAAGCCCAAGUCUGUCGCUGAGCAGAUGCGCAUUAUCCUGAUGGGACCCCCCGGUGCCGGUAAGGGUACUCAGGCUCCUCAGAUUAAGGACAAGUACUGUGUUUGCCACUUGGCUACUGGAGAUAUGCUGCGCUCGCAGGUCGCCAAGAAGACUGAUCUUGGAAAGGAGGCCAAGAAGAUUAUGGACCAGGGUGGCUUGGUCAGUGACGAAAUCAUGGUUAACAUGAUCAAGAGCGAGCUUGACAACAACGCUGAGUGCAAGAAUGGUUUCAUUCUGGAUGGUUUCCCCCGUACUGUCCCUCAGGCCGAGCGUCUGGAUGAGAUGCUUGAAAUCCGCAAGGCGAAGCUCCAGCAUGCUGUCGAGCUCCAAAUUGACGACUCCCUGUUGGUCGCAAGAAUUACUGGACGUUUGAUUCACCCAGCUUCUGGACGCUCGUACCACAAGAUCUUCAACCCCCCUAAGGCCGACAUGAAGGACGACGUUACCGGUGAACCCUUGGUCCAGCGAUCCGACGACAAUGCCGAUGCCUUGAAGAAGCGUCUUGUGACAUACCACGCCCAGACCGCACCUGUUGCCGACUACUACAAGAAGACUGGCAUCUGGAGGGGUAUUGAUGCUAGCCAGGAGCCUGGCCAAGUGUGGAAGAGCCUUCUCGGUGUUUUCCACCCCAAGAACUAGAGGAAGCUUAUCUCGAGAGAGCUAGACUCCCCUGCCGGGUUAAGUGGCCUACAACAUAACAACUUAUUCGGAUAUAUCUGCAUACAAGCGGAAUAAGGCAAAGGAGUUAUUUUCCACUUACCGGCAGAAAAAAAGAAAGAAAGAAAGGACACUUGGGACAAAGAAAAUGAGAGCCAAACUCGACGGUGGUGUCUUGCUGAAACGCUCACCACUUUCCGUGUUAGUCGGAUAUUGAUGAGUAUAGAGCUGUGCUUUCGUCCGUGCAUAGAUAUUUUCGGGCAGGAAUCUCAGCACUAUGUAUAG